GAAUGAACGGCACACAACACACAAAAGUAAUAAUUCACUGCUACGCAACUGGCAGAUCUACUCGUAGUCGUUUGUUUGCGAUCCAUCAGUAAAAUGAAGCUCCUUCGUGGUGUGGAAUGGUCGAUGUGCCUAUGGCUGAUGUUCCUUGAAGUAUUAGUUGUUGUUGGACAGGGCGCUAAAAGCGGGCACAUAAACAAGGAGGGAGCAGCGCAACUUUCCAUUGACCGUAGCGCCAAACUUCCCACGAACUUCAAGCUGUUCGGGCUGAACGAUGUGCUGGGUCCGGUAAUGCAGAUCCCAUACGAUUCCUCGGCUCUGGUCUGUGCAGUGGAGUCGUUGAGAGUGGGUUACCUACGCCAUCCAGGAGGGACCGUGGCAAACUACUGGAACAUCACCAGUGGUAGAUAUGCAACAACAUGCUCACAUUCUAGAGUGUGCAAUAUGAGUGCGGCUGUCAACAAGUUCCCAGAGGGAACAUUCUCCCCGGCUAACUUUGUGAAGGACUUGGCAUCGCGGACAGGUGCUAAGCUGCCGGUGUUUGAUUUAAAUGUGCUGACAAUGGACGAGGGCACCUGGGACAUGCAGAUCGAUACACUGCAGCCGUUCUGUACCGGUGUGGAAUGCUUUGUUGAAAUCGGCAAUGAACUACAUAUCAACAAGGUAUACAGUUGGCAUUUUCCUGAUGCUGAUGUGUACAUGAAGCUUGUGGAACCCCUCAUCAACAAACUUCGGCAUCGCUUCCCAAUGGUGAAAAUAUCAGUCCCAGCUGGUUUCCUGGGUGACUUCAUGCCUAAGCAGCUAGCAGCUGAAAUGGGACUAGUCUCACCUCAAGAACAGACGGAGCUUACUGAAUCAUGGUCAGUGACGCUAGCAAAGUACCAGCACCUGUUUGAUGCCGUGACAAUUCAUGACUAUGGGAGUGAUGGGCAUGCAAAAUCAGGGGACAACGUCACACGGACAUCCUCACUAGCAACAUGGCCGCAGGUCGCGUAUGGCGAAGCAGUCAAGUUCUGCAAGAAAUUGUACAGAGACAACAUCAGCGUACUGAUCACGGAGUACAAUGAAGGUCUGAACGCCAAGACUGAAUUGGACUAUGAUGGAGGACCUCACGCUCUGAACAUGCUCUCGCAUGUUUUAGUUGGUGUGGAGCAUGGUGAAACAAUACAGUCUAUGCAGUACCAUGCCUUCCUGAGUGUGGACACAAUGGGUUGGGACCAACACUCUGGCAUGGUGCGUAUGAAGACAUUUGAUGCCACACAGGUGUACAUGAAUGGAGUCUCACAGCUGUUUGCUCACCUAUCCUCAGUUGCUGCACAAAGUCAAGACAUGCACCGUGUAAACAUCACCGGUGGGCCAGUGACACCUAAUACACUGCCAGACGGUCUGAGUGGCAAGUCUUGCCUUCAAGCUGCAGCAUUCAGCAGUGUUUCUCAGCUGAACCUGGCCGUCAUCAACCGUUGCAAUGAGCCAGUGAACUGGACACUCAGUGAGGGUGCUGACCAGCUACGCACGGACAGUAUGGGAAGUCUGAAUGUUGUGACCUACAACUGUGGACCGACAGAAGCUGGUGGCUGGGUAGAAAUGCCCAGUGCAAGCGCUGCAUUCCCAUGGCCAGCUCCUCUGUCUAGCAAGACAUCAUCACAUCAAUCUCUUGCACCACUUAGCUUCUCUAUUGUUCAAAUGCCACACAGUGACCCAAACCAUCGUGCGCCGCAUAUUUAAUUCUGGAAAGCUUUCCAUUUGGUGCCAUAUUUCAGUGUCACUACACUAUUAUCGUGUAGGUUGCUACGUGCCAAUUCAUUAUCGUGCAUACCAGUAAAUUCUCCAUCAUGCCAGAACUGAUGACAAGGUCCAGUACUUUUUUUGCUGAAAAUAAUCCUGAUCCUAUGUGUUAUGUGCACUUGUGUCCGGAUAUGAUGGACAAUCAGUGCAUGUCUCACGCAGUGUAGAAUGUACACGUACAUCUACAUGUUCAUUGUGUAGUCUGAAUACAGUAAGGUCGUGCGCUGAAGAACGCAGGGGCUCAAGGCGCAGACUAACAUUGCUCUAAAAAUUUCAAAUGCUAGUUUCAGUUCAUAUUCUGUGAUGGUGAGAGCAUACGAUGCAAUCACGCCACGUCGAACAUGUAGCCGAAAACACUGUUCUGUAGUA